CUGAACCUUCCGCCACCACAACUUACUUCCAACCUUCCUUCCGUCCUUCCUUCCUCAUCGUCACCUUCAACUCUCCACAUCGAUCGUCCCCCAUCGCCGUUCUCGUUGCUCUUGGGCAAGAGUGCUCCCGGCCGUGUGAUUGUCGUCUUCUCUUCCUUCUCUACACCACAUGCGCUUUCGCAAACAAAAUCCUUCAUUUUCAAUUCUCAUUUGAUACUCUACAUCGCAAACUUUCGACUUGAUCUUGUACUGCGCCUUGGUGCGCUUCGAUUCUUACCACCAUGUCUGGUUUUCCAGGCGCCGCCGGUGAGAGCAAUGGCUUGGAUAGUCUCUUUGCCCAGCUUCGCUCGCAACAACAAAAACCACCGGUCGCCCUUGAGCCUAGUUACAGUUACUAUCCCAAUAAUAAUAACGCCGCCGCCUUUUUCGGCCAACAGCCUUCACCUGCUCACCACCAGCAACACCCUUCCCAUGGCUAUCACCAACCCGCUGUCUCCUCUCCACUACCCACACCUCCCACGCACAACCAACAACCUCACCAUUCGUCUGCCGUCAUGAGCCCAGCCAUGGCUCCUCAGGCCCGUAUUCCUGCCGCGAAUGGUGGUCAGGCCAAUGCCGAUCGAACCUCGAGCUUGUUGAAUCUUCUCAAGUUCAGCCAACCGUCCGGGGGAUCUGCUACUCAACCACCGCCCAUCGGCACACCAUUACCACCAUCGCGCGAGCCCUCGAUGACCUUUGGUAGCUCAGAUGUCCAAGGUCAAGUCAGCGCAUCUGCUCCUCGAGCAGGCUCUGAUCUUCUAGCUGCUUUGAUGGCAGGAUCUCAACCUCGCGCAGCCCAAGAGGCCAGCGUGAAGGCUGCAUCAAUUGCGCCAGUUCAACCUAAUACCUUCACCAAUUCGGCUUCUUCCCCACCUCCCGACACUCAAGCAUACCUCUUGCAGCUCUUAAAUCAGCCAAAACCAUCGCAGUCCGAAGCCAGCCCACAAAUGAAACCUGCCAACAUCAUGACACCACCAAGUAAGAACAGUUCUUCAGACGAGGUUGAGGAAAUUACAAAAGGCUUGGACGAUACAUCGCUUAGCAUGAGCAUGAUGGGAAGCGCCGCAACGGAAUCCAUGCCAGUGUUUGGUAAAGAGAACAUCAAGGAGCCUGCUGCAAAAAACAGCCAAGGCCUGUUCACUUAUGUCAAUCCAUUUGAUCAACUGGCUGCCUCCUCACCACGCAAUCGUACACCAAAGGCAACCAGCGCUCAUCUUGUCUCGGCAACCUCUCCAAGCCCGGCAAUCCAAAUCUUGAAAAAGCCCCGUCAACCAGAUUCGCCAGAUAAUAAGCGCAAGUUGGAUGAGCGAAGUACAAUUUCAAGUCCUGCUCAUACCAAGCGAAAGAUUGAUUCGUCCACUCCAAAGCCUUCCUCAAUCGCAGAUGACCGCUCCGCACUCGAGAAGCUUAUCGGCAUUGGUUCAUCAGGUCCAGGCGCAUCGUCUGGUCCGAAAGAAUCUGUUCAUGAUGCUCUCAGUGAAGUCGGAACCAAGGCUAACAAGCAAGCUCAAGAGGCCAUUGUUCGCGCGGAACGUGAAGAAAGCCAGGCUUCUAUUGAGCAGGACUUGAGAAAUUUGCUUGCAGCAGAGACCGAUGCUGAUUUCAAACAUCAAGCAGAAUCAACGGCUCAAGCUAUCAAGGAACAACUCGAGAAGGAGGAGAAUAGCGGCGCACUUGAUGGGCUACCAACUCCCGUUGCAGAGGCCGUCAAAGAAAUUAUUGACGAGACCGCGCAAGGACAUAUUGCUGAUAGCUGGGAGAGUGCUGACGCAGAGGCUGAUGAGAACAUGUCCAAGACUAGUGAUGAAGUUAUCGUUCCAGUCUAUAAUUUCCCCAUGAAGCCAUGGGUCUCAAUCUCCAUCAAGGAUACCGAGGAGCCUCGCCCAACCUUCCGCGAGGGUUCUGUUAUGGAUAUCGCUCGCCUGAAGAAGGAAUUCGAUCAGGUUGACCGUGACCUUGUAACUGCCUCCGGUACUUUCAUCGUCUAUGGUAUGUCAAAGAAUGGUGGCAUUCGUAUCAUCAGACAAGAGGAUGGCGAGGAUGCCAGAAUCUUCACCGAGACACAGGAUCGAAUUUUCAGUGUCGUCACGUCAUCCUCUCCAGCAGACUUGAAGGAAUCUGUCAUUGCCACCGGAAUCAGCGGCACUGUUUAUUGGGUACUCAUCAAAGAUGGAGAAGGUGAUCAUCUUGACGACUCGAUGCCAGAGAUGUACGGCUUCGCACUGCCUCCUGUUCCCGCCCAAGACAACGAAACUUCUGGGGGUGUGUUGAAGACCAGAGCUAGAAAGAGUUCGUCUCACCCCGACUUUUUCGGCGUUGGUCGUGGAAAGUACAUUCAUGUCAUCUUUCCACCUGUCAUCUUGAAGCAAUCUUUCCUGAAAAGGGGAAAAGAUCGCCUCGUUGAUACAGACAGAUAUCUCAACCACCUUUCCCUCAAGAUCAACACUGGCAAGGCUGGUAAGGACUUUACAUUCAGUGAGGACGACUCGAUCAUUGUAUCUCUUGACAAGGCCGGUAAAGUCAAGUUUUGGGAUAUCCGUGACUUGACCAAGAACAAUGGCUCGCAAUCCGAACAUGUCGAGAUCAGAGAUCCUCUCAUCACGUUCACUACUACUCCUGCCAAUGAAAAGUCCUGGCCAACAUCUGUACUCUUCGUUGAUAAACUCCGACCUUACCAAAAGGGUGGAGCUCUGAGAUACAUGAUCAUAGGCAUGAAACAAAAUCACACUCUUCAAUUGUGGGAUCUCGCGUUGCAAAAGCCUGUUCAGGAGAUACACCUUCCACACAUCAAGGAGUCUGAUGCUGUUUGCAGCGUUGUUUACCAUGCUGCUACUGGUAUGAUUGUUGUCGGCCACCCUACUCGCAAUUCAAUCUAUUUCCUACACCUGUCAGCACCAAAGUACAACGUUCACAAAUCUGUUACCCAAGCCGACUACAUGGAGAAGAUUGUGGCCAAUGAUCCAACCAUUCUCAAGCCUGAUUCGACCGCUGUCAUCAGUGGCAUGCGCGAAUACUCGUUUGCAGACAAGGGAAUUCUCAGAAGUCUUGAUAUCUUGCAACAACCCAGCAUUAGCUCUGCCGAGGUCGACCCACCAAUCAUGUUUGAGCUCUAUUGUAUGCACUCCAAAGGUGUUACUUGUCUUUUGAUCAAACAGGCAGAUCUUGGAUGGUCUUUGGAUAACAAGGUCCUCAAUCCGCGCAAGACACCUGAGGCAGACGGAAUCAUUUCUCUUGAAGCCCUCAAGGAACCCGCUGCACCAACUCCUGUGCCAGAAGUUUCCGAACCUGCUACACAGUCAGUUCCUAUGCACAUUGUUCCGCGACCAGCAGCCAAGGAGACGGCCCCCAAGGAGACCCCCAAAAAAGCGGUUGCUGCGGAGCCAAGCUCAACCACCAAGGCAGAGGAAAAGAGGGAACCUUUGGCCGUCAACGGUGGUUUGACCCCUGCCGCUCCUGGUGAAAAGUCCGAGAAGAAGAAGCGCAGAAAGGCGAAUAGCUCUGCCGAGCCUAUUGCCGGACCUAGCUCUACAUCUCAAAACGAAAAGCCUAAGACUAUUGUACUCGAUCCUUCGUCUCAUUCCCGAAAUGGAAACGUCUCGAAGGCGAACAACAAUACAAGAGCUCAGGCCCAGGACCUUAGCGACUCGACAUUGAAAGGUAUCGAGAACCGUGUUUCGGCCGAAAUGAAGAAGACAUUUACCGAUUCUCUCGAUGUCUUGUACAAGAGCAUCAAAGAUGAUCGACGUACGCAGGACGCUGUAUCGGAGGCAAAGCAAGACGCCAUGCUUCGGCUCGUCUCCAGCACUUUAUCAGACAACAUUGAGGCAACCCUUGGCCGCAUAGUUCAAUCCAGCAUCCAGAAAUCAGUGCUACCAGUCAUUUCUGAUGUCACUACCAAGGUCGUCAGCGAACAACUUGGCUCCAAGUUGAAUGCCCACAUUGCGCAAACCACACCAAAGGAGUUGCAAAAGGCAUUGCCUGAUGCGAUUAGCAGAGCUUUGCAACAACCGCAGCUUUUGGACAUCAUGUCUAAAUCCCUUGCUCAAAGCGUUGCAUUCCAGGUUCAAGAUCAAUUCCACAAUGUUCUCCACGAUUCCAUUAUUCCAUCCUUCAAGAAUCUUGCCAUUCAAUCGACCCAGAAAAUCGUGGCUGAUGUUCAGCGUGAGACUGCCGACCAGAUUAGUGUGUUUGAGCGUCAGCGAUACGAGGAUAGUGUGAAGAUUGAACAACUUACACAACUCGUUACUGGCUUGUCCGAAACCGUCUCAUCAAUGGCUGCCGCCCAAACAGAAUUUCAAGGUCAAUUCUUGAGAUUGCAGAAGCAAGCCACUCUUGAUAGACGAGGAGGUAUGUCUCGUCAGACAGAUGACUCCGUUGUAUCGGCUGAUAGUCCAUCCAAUGCGUUGGCUGCAAUCGAGAGAGCACCAUCGCCUCAAACACCGGAGGAGCAAGAGUACCAAGAGAUGCUUGAGAAGAUUCAGGCAGACAUGGCAGCUGGCGAAUAUGAAAAAGCCGUCAUUCAAUGGCUGCAAACUAAGCGGGAGCAAGAGUUCUUUGCAAGAUUCUUCUCCAAUAUCCCCCCGGAUUUCACACGCGAAUUGAGCCCGCUCAUGCUAUUGUCAUUGGGUGCGAUUAUCACUGCUACCUUGGAAGAUCAGUUCCUUGAGGCCCGCCUGAACUGGAUGGAUAACAUCUUGGCCACUUUCCAGGCUAAGCUUCACGCCGGCGAUUUGGUAAGUCUAUGAAUAUUCUUGCACAACACUUACUCGUACACCUACUAACUCUUAACUCAGGAUGACCAAGCUCGUAAUCUCAUUCCAAAGCUCAUGGGAAUCUACACUCAACGUCUGGAGCACCUGUUUAUGCGUGUCAACAACAUUUCGCCUAACAACGCCUACUUGAAGCGAUUCUCAAUGUUGAUCAACGUCGCCAACCGAAUCCUGGAUAGUAGUCGAAAUGACAUGCGUAGUCGCGAGCAUAGCGUUUCUGGUACUUCGAUGAUGAGUGGAAGCAGAUAUUACCAGUGAACUCCUACUCGUCAUACCUCAACCUCCAACCAUUGGUAUAGCACAGUAUCCUGAAAUGGGACUUGGCAUAUCGUGCACGAAACCGCCUUUUGAAUUUGCGGACCUAUACGAUUCUGUACAGCAAUCCACGUUCAAUUGGAAAAACAACCUGAAUUGGAUUCCUAUUGGUCCGAGACGCUGGAAUGCUCUCGCUAUGGCCAACUGGAAUCGGCUCACAAUUAACACACUUGUACUGAACAUGUGUAAAAGAUUUUCCUUUCGUUAAUUUCAUUUGUUUCUUUUCUUUUUCUUUGCGAUAUGGAGGGAAAAAGCCUGACCAUCUGUUCGUCAAUACCUGGCGUUUAUUAGUCCUAACAUAUGGAUCAAUGGGUUGGACGGUCUAAUCUUUUUCUCCCCCACGUUAACAUGACGAUAAUUCAUUUUCUCCAUUGGUGGUGUGUGGAACGGAAAACGAUUAUGAAUGUUUGUACGAAGGUGGAAAGAAGUAUGAGGAUAUGCGUUUACUCAUUCAUCACCAUUUCUUUUUCUUUUUACGGAAGGCAAAGUGAGGAAUUUACGCUGGCUUUUAUGUCGGUCGCGGGAUUUCUUGACUGGGACGGACGUGAAAAAGGAACUUUGGUAAGAUACUUCAUAGGAAAAGAAAAAAUAGGCAAUAGCUGCAAUAAAAGUUGAUGUUGCAAUGA